AUGCCCAAAAGAGACAUCAUCCGGGUCCCUCAGGAGGAGAUCCGUCGUACGCUGGAAGCUCUCGAUGGCAGACGCGUACGAAAAGACCUGGUCAAUGUUUCGCCUGAUGAGGUGCGCCGCACAUUGGCAGACAUAGACCGCCGGCGUGCCGAAGAGCGAGCCAUUCGACGUGAACGAGCGACACAGGACCUUUUGACCCCACCAGACACGCGACCGGACCGCCGCCCUAAGAGGCCGCGUCCGUUAGCUGAGGUCACGGAGCUCCAACGAAAGUCGAUCGAGUCUAUUCUGCAACACUAUGAGACUUGCUUUCGCGAUAAAGAGGAGGCGUCGGUAUCAAGAUCCUGGUGCAACGAGGUCCCGCUUGCCGUCCAAGUGGAGGCGGCCAAGUCAUUCUACCGAGCAUUCACGGAUGAGAAGACCCUACCGAUUGCUCAUUGCGUCUUCUGUUAUAGGAAGUCAGCUCCUGGGGAACUCUCGACGGUCCAGUGGCAGAGCCAGUUGACCCCGUCCUUGAUGCAAGCAACGAGGGCUCUUCAGCUGUGCGCAAAGUGCCUGCCACAAGACGGCGAGUGUUGGGUUGGCGUAUGCCGCGAGUGUCGCGCUGGUCUACAGAACGGAAAACUACCCAAGGCCUGUUCAGUCAACAACAUGCAUAUCGGAUGCGAGCACCGGUACCCAAAAGAGCUUGAUGACCUCUCCCCCGUCGAGGAAAGACUGAUCGCCCUCCAGGCUCCUUUCGGGUACAUUACAAAGUUCACCGUCGACAACAAGGCUCCUUCCGGCCUGAAUUAUAGGAAACACGUGAAGGGUCACAUCGUUGUGUUUCCGAACAAGGUCGAUGACCUUGUCGCGACAGUACUUCCCCAUCCGUUACUGGAGGCGAUCGAAAACAUCCACCAGUGA